UUUCGCCUGAUGUUGACUUGAUGGCCAGGACCGAAAAGGGGGUUUUGCGGAGCCCGGGGACUCGGGGGCCUCCCUGCCCCCACGUUCCCCGGCGUCCGGGGGGAGGGGACGGUGAAACCGGCCCUAAGGCUCCGGCCAGAGCUGGCGCCGCGCCGUCGCCGGAGGGAUCGACUCUGCUCCCGCAACCCCUCGAGCCCGGGCUGCUGCUGGCGACUCAGCGCGGUGGAAGCUGCCCGGGCCUCCCGCCCGCGCCGUGGGGCGGGUGCCGCUGUCCCUCCGCUGGCUGUGCGGGAGGGAGCCCGGGAGUGCGCUUUGUUCCUCCGAAGCGCCGCACGCCGAGGCCGUGGGUAGAAGCUUCUUUUGGACCCCGUGAGUUAGCCUGAACCGUCUCUGGCCGGCUUGACUUUUGGCGUCCGGCGAGCCCUUCCCCGCGGUUAUGCGACCAUUUGACCAACCGCGGUAGUUGGUGAAGUUGCUGUCUGUUGGAAGCCGGUCGACCCCGUGCGGACCUUGCUCUUAGGGGUAGUGUUCUUAGAGCUGGUUUCACUGUCUUCUAAAGCUGAAGGGUGGAGCUGGGUUUACCUUUGUGUUGUUUCUUUUCAAAUCACACCCACUUAAGGGUACCCUGAGUUGAGGGUAAAGGGGUGGGAACGUGGAUUUCUGAAGGUGUUUGAUUUGAAAAGGAUGGCAUUACAUGAUUGGGUGGUUUGCUCCCCACCUCUCUUCUCAUUUUUCAGUCCCUCUUUCCUUCUCCACCAUCCCGGGUUUGGGUAUUUGUCCUUCCGUUGGGCAAUAUUGCUUCUGGGGCCAGGACUGAAAGGCUAACUGUGAGCAACCAGUAAGCUGUGGAGUGGUUUUCUCCAAGUGAAGGAAACCCAUCGUUUGAGACAAGUAAAACUGGAUUCUGCAAAGACUUGGAACUUGCAUGACUGUAGGGAUUACCUCUGAGCUGGCCAGAACGGACACGUUAAUGACCAGUAGGCCUUUCCGAUCCCUUACAUCUCCAUUUGGGGAGUGAUCUAGGAAGAAAGGACUUGUGAAGGGGGUGUUGCAGAUCAGAUCGGCUCUGGAUCUGAUGGUCCACUCUGCUGGAAUGUGCUCUGCCUUUGACCCUCGGUUGAUAGCAAGUGAUGAUGCUUCCCAGGCACUUGUGGUGAUGUGUACUGUUAAAAGUUGGGCAAAUGCUGAAACCUCUACUCCAUAGACAGUUUCCAGAUCAUUCUGUGCGUGAUUUGAGUUAGAUCUUCCAAAACCGGUGGGGAGCAAACACCACACAUGUAUAUGUGUAAUAUUUGAAAAUAAUUCAUUUGUAAGUUAAGGAGGUUUACAUCAAAGUUAAGCAGAUUUUGAUAAUAAAAUAAAACCGUUGGGGUUCCCAGGAAUUUUUGGCCUUUUUCCUGUGGUGUGCAUUUUCCUUCCUUAAUUUGGUCUCCAUCACAAAAGUCAACAUGAAUAAAUCAUGCAAACUUUGGUUUGUCACUCCACAUUCACCUGUGCAACCUAAAUUUGAGACUUAAACUUCACUAACUGAUUUGUUGUCUGGCAGUUGUACAUUGACAGCAUCUCCAUUGAGUCUUAUGUUCAAACAUAGCAGAAAGUGUUCUUCUUAUUCCUAAUUUGAUAAAGAACCCAUUGGUCUUCAACGAUGUGUCUUCAUCCUGGGACUUAAAGUUAAAAGGGACAUACUGAUGCUGCGCCUUCUGAUGGUUUUGCCGUGUUUGCAGUGAACCUCCUUAAACUGCAUGUAUAUGUCACUGUUCCUUUGUAUGUGUGUCUCUCUACCACAUAACCCAGCACUUCUCUCCUCAGCCAAGUGGCUAGGGGCGAGCCUAGCCAAGAUUUUACCUCCAAUGGACGCAAGUUUCUUUGGUGAAGAUCUCUCCUGAGAGUUCGAGACUAGCAGGAAGAAGCGAGGAAAUUUCGCCCGUUUGGUUCUGUCGGAUAGAUACGACGGGCGUGGUCACCUGCAUGACCUCUCUGCGUACGAUGCUGAGUACGCCACGUGGAACCGAGACUACCAGCUGUCGGAAGAGGAGGCGCGGGUAGAGGCGCUGUGUGAUGAAGAGAGAGGAAGAAUACAAAAGGUUGAGUGAAGCCCUGGCAGAGGACGGGAACUACAGCGCCGUAGGCUUCACUUACGGCAGUGACUAUUACGACCCAUCAGAGCCCACAGAAGAAGAGGAGCCUUCCAAACAGAGAGAAAAAAAUGAGGCUGAAAACUUGGAAGAAAAUGAAGAGCCUUUCAUCGCCCCUUUAGGAUUAAGUGUCCCGUCUGACGUGGAGCUGCCACCAACAGCCAAAAUGCAUGCCAUCAUCGAGCGCACGGCCAACUUCGUAUGCAAGCAGGGAGCACAGUUCGAGAUCAUGCUGAAGGCCAAGCAAGCACGAAACUCGCAGUUCGACUUCCUGCGGUUUGAUCACUACCUCAACCCCUACUACAAAUUCAUCCAGAAAGCCAUGAAGGAAGGACGGUACACGGUGCUAGCUGAGAGCAAGAGUGAGGAGAAGAAAAAGUCUGGGCCAACCUCCGACAAUGAAGAGGAAGAUGAUGAGGAAGAUGGGAGUUACCUGCACCCGUCUCUCUUUGCUUCCAAGAAGAGCAGCCGCCUGGAAGAGCUGAUGAAGCCCUUGAAGGUGGUGGACCCGGAUCACCCUCUAGCAGCCCUUGUCCGUAAAGCACAGGCUGACAGCUCAGCUCCAGCCCCACCCACUGCAGAUGGCACACCUGCUCAGCCCUCCCAGGUGGAGUACACGGCCGACUCAACUGUGGCAGCCAUGUACUACAGCUACUACAUGUUACCAGAUGGCACCUACUGCCUGGCACCACCCCCACCUGGGAUCGAUGUGGCCACUUACUACAGUACUCUUCCUGCUGGAGUGACUGUGUCCAGCUCGCCUGGUGUGACUACCACUGUACCACCGCCUCCUGGGACCACACCUCCUCCACCCCCAACCACAGCUGAAUCAAGCAGCGGGGUUACCUCCACAACCACCACCACAAGUGCGCUUGCUCCCGUGGCCAUCAUCCCCCCGCCCCCUGACAUCCAGCCUGUGAUUGACAAGCUGGCAGAGUACGUCGCUAGAAAUGGCCUUAAAUUUGAGACCAGUGUUCGAGCCAAGAAUGAUCAAAGAUUUGAAUUCCUUCAGCCCUGGCACCAGUACAACGCCUACUAUGAGUUUAAGAAGCAGUUCUUCCUGCAGAAGGAAGGAGGCGGUAGCACACAGGCAGUAUCAACAGCUGAAGAGGCUCCCACAGAAACCGCUGUUGAAGAAUCAAGUGAAGCUGGAGAGGACUGCGCUCCUGAGGGUAUGGCAGAGACUGGGGGAAGAGGCAGCGGGAAGAAGGAGGCUGGGUCCAGCAAGAGCACCGUGGACGGGAAGCUGGUAAAAGCUUCUUUUGCUCCAAUAAGCUUUGCCAUCAAAGCCAAAGAAAAUGACCUACUUCCCCUGGAAAAAAACCGUGUCAAGCUGGACGAUGAUAGUGAAGAAGAUGAGGAAAACAGGGAAUGCCAGGAAAGCACCAGCAGCGUGGCCAACCCCAGCCCAGCUGCAGCCCCACCCUCUGCGGUUGUAGAGGAGAAGAAACCGCAGCUUACCCAGGAGGAGCUAGAAGCUAAGCAAGCAAAACAAAAGCUGGAGGACCGUCUUGCUGCUGCUGCUCGGGAAAAGCUGGCCCAGGCGUCCAAGGAAUCAAAGGAGAAGCAGCUUCAGGCUGAAAGAAAAAGGAAAGCAGCUUUGUUUUUACAAACCCUAAAAAAUCCUCUUCCAGAAGCAGACGUUGGAAAACUUGAGGAGAGCACGUUUGGAGUUGAGGAAACUGGUGUCAUGCCCUGUCCUCUGCUGGUUGGUGGUAGAACUCUGCCCAUGUUGGAGGGGAAGCCUCCAGAAAGGCCUUCAAGCAGAUGCAGAGACCCACCAAGAGAAGAAGAGAGAGAGAAAAAGAAGAAGAAGCACAAAAAACGGUCUCGGACGCGGUCCCGCUCCCCCAAGUACCACUCGUCCUCCAAGCCCAGGUCUAGAUCUCACUCAAAAGCAAAGCACGCCCUGCCCAGUGCCUACCGGACAGUGCGGCGGUCGAGGCCCUCAGCCUCCCCAGGGAUCUUGAGUGUGGAGCCUUGUCCCAGCAGCUCGGCAGUGGCGGCAGCACAGCAGGAGAGGUAUCAGGCAGCCUCGGCCUCGAGCAGCUUUGACUCCUGGAGCUCUUUUGAGGGGAAACCUGGUAAACCGGCAAGGUCACGGUCUCGGUCCCCAAGAAGGAGAGUUCACUCUCCUGAGAGACGACGGGAAGACAGGAGUGUCCCCACAGCCUACCGGAUGAGCGGAAGCCCUGGAGUCAGCAGGAAACGGACCCGUUCCAGAAGUCCCCAUGAGAAGAAGAAGAAACGGCGUUCAAGGUCUCGCACCAAGGCCAAGGCCCGGUCGCAGUCACCAUCCCCGAGUAAACAGGCAGCGCAGCGUCCCUCGGCCCACUCAGCCCACUCGGCCAGCAUCUCUCCUGUGGAGAGCCGGGGUUCCUCCCAGGAACGAUCCAGGGGGGUUUCUCAGGAAAAAGAUGGCCAGAUCUCCUCAGCAAUCGUCUCCUCUGUGCAGAGCAAAAUAACUCAGGAUCUCAUGGCCAAAGUAAGAGCAAUGCUCGCAGCUUCAAAAAACCUGCAAACCAGCGCAUCCUGAGAGCCAGCCAUGGAGCAGCCCCGGGCGAGCAGCACGGCUGUGGCCACAGGUGCUGGGCUCCUGCUCAGAGCAGCCACGGGCCGGAAGUCAGAAGCCGAGCUGCCAGCUCGAUGCCAACCUACACGCGGCUAUCCAGGUUCUCCAGCCCGACUCCCUGGGUCAGUCGGUGGCUUUUGUAAAUUUUUGGUGACAUUUUCUGUUUCAGAUUUUUGACCAGCAAUCUCUUACCUGUAUAUAUGUAAAUAUAUCAUGUUUCUGUGAAAAUGUAUUAUCAAAUAAAAUGGGAAGAACACCUUUUCUAGCUAGCA